CUCCCAUCCUGCGAUGCUCCUCCGCGGCUUUGCCUGCCUGCCUGCAGUCUGGCUCUCAGAGAGAAAACAACAUUCCCACAAGGAGAAAACUAGCAACCCAGCUCGGUCAUACACCGCUACACCCGUUGUUUGUUUGUUUUUUAUCGAAAACGGAACGACCGAAGACUACGUCGGACAAGAUGUACCACUCUGACCACGGUGUGGACUUCCCCGACCUCUGCUUCCAGAUCCCCGGCAGUCCUGCAGAACUGGGCCAAGCUGAGUGAAAACAACCUCUGCAAACCAGAAAAACCUUCAGCCUCAAUCUGCUGCUGCUGUAGAUCCGGCUCCUACCUUCCUCCUCUGGGACCAUGGACAGCCCUCCGAAGGUUUCUGGAGAAACGUUGAUCGUGCAUCACAUUCCCCUGGUGCAUUGCCAGGUUUCUGGGGGCUGCGGCAGAUCUCUGAAGAGGACCAACCCGUUCAGCCCGCCGGAGAGCCUUGGCCUGAGCCGCACCACGUCACUGCCGGAGAGGGAUGUCCUGCAGAGGGAGGCUCUGCUCUACAGCAGCCUGAUCCAGACCUCCAGCGGCUCCUGGUCCUCCAGUGGCGGCGUGGGGAGAGAGAAGCGAGGCGGCGGCGGGCGAGGCGGGAGCACGGCCAGCGACGACUCAUCGUUCACUUCCAGCAACUCGGAGGACCUGCUGAUCACGGCUCACACCUUACCCAGAGCCAAACCGAGGAACAGGAACCCUCUGCGACGCAAUCCGUUCCUCCUGAACACAGAGGAAGACGAGGAUGAGGACGACGAAGACGACAGCGACAACCUCCACGGUUACCUGGAGGACUCGUCCUUCCACCUUCACAGCGAGACGAACGCCGUGCUGGACGACGCCAUGGCUCCUUUCCUGGGGUUUGCGUCCGAGCCGUUCCUGCUGCACGGCUCUGGCGCAGGAAGCAGUCGGGAAUCGCUGAGGGGGGCGUCCUCGGAUUUGUCCAACCACCUGGACGACCUGGACGUCCUGGGACUGGACAGGGAGCGCCGCCACGGCAGCAGCGGCUCCAACGUGUCCAUGGACUGCGGCGAGCACGAUUGGGUCGACGACGAAGAGGACGAUGAUCAGCCGAUGAGAUGCGGCCAAAGCAGCAAGACGGGUUCGUACUCGUCUGGCUCGUCCAAUCAGCACUGCUCCUGCUGCGCUCUGUCCCAGAACUUCCCAGAAACUUUCGCCGAGCCGUUCCCGGACUUCCAGCAGGGCUACUGUAGCGACUCGUCCUGCAACAGCUCCGAGGGCGUCCUCGUCAACUUCAGCGCCAUUUACAACAAGAUGAACAACGGCAUCCCGGGAAAGCAGCCGCCAGCGGCCGACACAUCGUCUGUCUCCGAUCUCCACGGAAACCAACAGGACGCCGGAGGGGGAGGGGCGUUCUACCUGGACCUCCACACCUCCCCGACCGAGCCGCCCCCAUCCUGUUUCUCCAAAGCCUUCCCACUCAUCCGAGAGCCACGCCUUUCCAGCUCCUCUGCCUGCUCCUGCUCCAUGGAGCACCAGGCGACCCUCGACCUCGACGCCAACUGCAACACCUUCCACCCUCCCCACUCCGUGGGGUCAUCUGGCGACCUCGCUUCCUGUCUGCAGAGCCAGGCGCGCCUCGUCGUCGCCACCCAGAACUACUACAAGCUGGUGACCUGUGACCUCUCGUCCCAGUCAUCCCCGAGUCCAGCGGGUUCGUCGGUCAACAGCUGCUCCUCGGAGCACAGCAAAGGCAGCCCCACGCCGACCCAGCCCAGCGAGUACUUCCUGUUCAGGCAACGAGGCGAGGAGCAGGGGCUGGAGGAGGAGGACGACGAAGAUGGAGAGUCGUCUCGACGAGAUGAUGAUGAUGAUGAUGAUGAUGAUGAUGAUGAUGAUGUUGAUCAUGAUGACGAAAGGAAGAAGAAGAAAAAUGGCGGUCAGCAGGACGCUGAAGCGGCUGGAGUCGCUCCUUCCGUCAUCGAAGGCCAGGUGUACGUCAACAUUUCUCCUCCGUUGGCUCAGCGGAGCGUCAUCGGCGGCAGCGGAGCGCCCUCCAGAGGCUGUCCCCGUUCCCGCAGCUACGACCGCAACCUGGACAGGUGUCCGUCUCCGCGGCUCGGCUCGCUGGAGCGCAUGCUGAGCUGCCCCAUGCGGCUGAGUGAUGGCGCCGCGCAGGCCGCCACGCCGCCGCCGCCUCCUCCGCCGCGCGUCACCUCCUUCGCCGAGAUCGCCAGGAGCAAACGCAGACACGGCGGCGCAGGCGGGUCGCCGUCCACGAAGGCGGCAGCAGACCCGUUUUCCUCCACCUACUCCACCCACUCGCACUCGUCUGUGGAUUUCUCCCCCAUCCUGGAGCAGCGGGUCGAGUCCGUCAGUCCGGCGGCGUCGCCGGUGCGCUUCACCAGGUGUUACAGCCAAGGAAGCAUCGAGCGCCAACUGGAAGGGGCCAAGGAGAGCCAAACCAAGGCAGAAGGUGUUCUGUCGAGCUCUUCGGAAAGCCCGCCAGCGGUGGUUCGUUACAGUAAGGACCAGCGGCCCACCACCCUCCCCAUCCAACCCUUCACCUUCCACCACCAGUUCACCUCCAAACCCCCUCAGCCCAAGCCGCUGCUGCCAUUACUCACCGGCUACGUCUCUGGAAUGCAGGCUCGCCCCGGUUCGGGGUCCGGUUCUGGAGGUCCAGUCGGUGAGGAAAGCGAAGAAGCAGCUGAAAUCGGACACGGCUACCAGAGUUCCCGCAGCGCCACGGCUCCUCCGACCGAAUCAGUCCGCCCUUCGCCUCUAGGGAGCUACUCCCCGGUCCGCCUGCAGGGGGCGCCAAGCUCCGGGAGCUGCUCCACCUGCACCCCGAGCCCCAAGCCGGCACACAGCCUCUCCUGUCCGCUUUCGGCCGGACUCAGCUCACUGCACACCCCGCCUGCUGGGAGGCAGGGAAACGGGUCGGCGCCGUUAGCUCACACCCCUCCGCCUCCGUCUCUGGGGGUGAAGCGAGGCGUGGUGCCGCCCACUCUGCCCGCUGUGCAGGGACAAUGUCUCCACCAUAACGGACCAGCGCUUCACACCGACACCCUGAGCCCACUGGGCUGUCUGGACUCUGGAAAACUCUCAGACAGAGGAAAAGGAUCUGGAAGCAGAACUCAAAAUGCGCACCACCUCUCCCCCCAGGCUCUAAAAUGGAGAGAGUACCGUCGCCGGAACCCUCUGGGCGUAGAGAGGGCCCCUGGGGGCCACUCUGCUGCCAACAUGGAGCUCAGGAGGGCUGGGGGGCCGCGCCCCGCCCGACGCAACGUGUUCGAUUUCCCAACAGCUCCGUCCUCGCUGGGAUGGCCCCAUGCCGGUCAGUCGGCGAAGCUGCAGCAGAGCUACAGCGACUUCCUGCCGGAUUAUUUCUCCCUGACGGAGAAACCGCCGGAGGAGUUCUGCCUGUCGCCUGACGCCUCCACUUCCUCUUCCUGCUGCUCCUCACAGUCCCACGUCUCGGUGGACCUGACGCAGAAAAGAGGCUUGGUGAAAGCAGUGAACACCGCCGUGGAUCUGAUUGUGGCGCACUUUGGCACCAGCAGAGACCCGGAUGUGAAGGCCAAACUGGGGAACAGCUGGGUCAGUCCCAACGUGGGGCACCUGAUCCUGAAGUAUCUGUGUCCGGCCCUGCGCGACCUGCUGCAGGACGGCCUGAAGGCCUACGUGUUGGACCUGAUCAUCGGACAGCGCCGCUGUCAGCCCUGGAGCGUGGUGGAGGCCUCCACCCAGCUGGGGCCGUCCACUCGAGUUCUGCACAGCCUGUUCUCGAAGGUGAGCCAGUUCUCAGAGCUGACGAGCCACAGCAUGAGGCUGAACGCCUUCGUCUUCGGCCUGCUCAACAUGAAAUCUCUGGAGUUCUGGUUUAAUCACCUCUACACACAUGAAGACAUCAUAGCGGCUCACUACAGCCCGUGGGGUUUCCUCCCCCUGUCGCAGGGGCCAUGCAAGCCCCUCUUCGAGGAGCUGCUGCUCCUGCUGCAGCCGCUGUCGCUACUCCCGUUCGACCUGGACCUCCUGUUUGAGCCGCACCUCCUCCAGAAGGGCCAGGAGCAGCUGCGGCGCAAGGAGCAGCUGCGCUCGGCGGGGCCGUCCAGCCGCUCCACCUUCCAGCUCAUGAGGGGCUGGAGCACCACCGUCAGCGACAUGGCGAGGAGCGAGAGGCCGGGGCUGAAGCGUGAGGGAACAUGGCCAGGGAUGGAGCGGGAUGGAGCAACGGCGGCGGCUAAUCUCUGGAAGGAGAGGGCGAAAGACGUGAAGGAGCGAGACCGGAGGAAGGAGAGGGAUCCGGGGGACAAGCAGGCCGGCUGGUGGUACCAGCUCAUGCAGUCCUCCCAGGUCUACAUCGACCAGUCCGCUGAGGGAUCCAAGUUCGUCAAAGCUGAGAAGAGGAAGAAAUCCUCAGAGAGGCGGCAGAACCAACCGCCACCCGCAAGAGAGGGAGUGGUGGAGGGCGCGGAGUCUGAGGGCGAGCGAGGGGCGAGCGGAGGGGAGUCCAGAGGAAGGCCGUCGUGGAUGGGCAGCCCGCCGGAGUCCGUCCUCAACCGGGAGAAAGACCCGAACACGGCGGAGGACCCGGGGGCAGAAAUCCGGGAGGAGAGCCCCUCACAGGGGCAGAGUCUGCGCUGGGGGCGACUCUUUGGUUCCACCGUCGGUUCUCCUCAGAGAGCGGAGUCAGCCGAGCUGAGAGCCAGGACCCAAAAGACGAGGCCUCCAUCAGGUUGGCUCUCCUUGGACCGAUCUAUUCUGGACCUCGUUGCUGUGACCAUUGGAGCGGGCGGUGGGAAGAAGGCGGAGCCUCCAACUACACCGACUCACGGCCAAACAACGGCGCCGCCUCCGCCAACUGAAACUAAACAGUCGUCUUCUUGCGAAGUCCGAGCAUUGUGCCAUCACCUAGCCACCGACCCCGGCCAGCUGAGCUUCAAUAAGGGCGAUGUCUUGCGGGUUCUGAGGAAGGCCGACCCCGACUGGCUGCUCUGCUCGCUGGGCUCCACCCAGGGUUUGGUCCCCAUCAUUUAUGUGACGCUCAGCAGCACAGAGGACAGCCGCAGAGAAACCGGACUCAGCCAGCUCUGAUCAGACUCUGUUAGCGAACGAACACUAAAACACGAAGAAGACGCACCGACGUGUGCGAGGUCCAACCAUAAACUCACAAUCAAGGUAACAUCCAGAAAAAGACAGCAUGCUCACAUCCAAACAAAAACCAAAAAAAAAACGACGACAAACGAACCCAAAGACUCUCCGAUGCUCUUCUUCUCGACACCUAAACGCUUAGCUGUGCUAGCAUUAGCAUUCAGCCUGAAUAUCACUCAUCUGGACACAAUGUGAAGGAAAACUCACCACACCUGGCUGCUCUGUCGCUGUGCUGUUUAAAUGUUGAGCCACAAAUCAUCAAAAAGAGACUUUGAGAUUAUGUUGCUUGUAAAGUGCUGAUUUUUAUUUUUAUUCCCACGAAAGACAAUAAUCAAGAGAGAAAAGCAGGAAUUUACUCUUUAAAAUUUUCAUUUUACUGCAGAAGUUGGUUGAAAUCCAGAUAAAAAAUAAUAAUUUGCAGUAUUUAAAUGUAAUUCAGCUUGAAGGCGCCUCCCUCUCUGCUGUGCUGCAGGCUGAGCGGCACCUCCCGGCAGAUUUGCACAUUUUAAUGUUUCUUUUGCAGCAAAGUUGUAGAUUAAACAAACAAAAUGAGAAAUAAAGUCACAGAAGCUUCCGGUUUCUACUUUAAAAGCAUGAAAUCGUGCUUCACUUUUACAACCUGGCAGUUCUGAGGACGACUGUAAUGAGUUUUAUGUCUGUAUUUAAUCUCCUGGUACAUACUGUAAAUGCAUUUAUGACUCAUUUACACAACCUGUAUUUAUUUAUUCAGCUAUUUAAGUAACUAAAGCUACAAUCUAACUUUCAUCAGUUUGGAUAUUCUUCAGAUUUUGAGUCAUAUUUUGUAUUUAAAGGGAUAAAUGUUUCUGCCUUAAAGCACUCAAAUGGGGAGAGAAAAAAGAUGAUGAACCACCUUAUAUCUGUCCUGAUAUUAGAAUAUAUUUUCGAUAUUCUUUCACUUUUUCCCCACAUUUCUGUAAAGAUACUAGACAGGGAGAUUUUUGGAUGUUUAAAGGGAAACGUGUGGAAAUGUAGCCUUAGAUAAGGUCCUCCAAUACAAACCGAUUCAUGUAAAUGUAUUAGAUAAAUGAAUGCUGGCAUGUUUUUUUCUUUUCUUUUUGUUUCAUUAUUGUACAGUUUUUAUUUCUAACAUUCAAUUGUGUUUGAAUUGUAAAUAUAUUUAAACUCUUGGGGUUUGUUUUUGCCAUAGAGCUCUACAGUAUGUGCGUAUGAAUGUCAUUAAUGAUUUAUCAGUGCAUUUCAUAUUUGAUACAGAAAGUAUAAGCUUUAGAUUUAACGCUAACACGCUGCUGACUCUAAUCCGUGUCGUCCUGGAGGUCAGAGUUCACAUGUGACCCAUAAACAUGGUGGUGAUUCAGCCAGAGGAAGCAGGAAGGAAGGAUUGCUGCUCUUCGUCUCGCUGGCUGCCUGUAAAUACCUUCAGCAUCAGUGACACCGCUCCUCUGUCCGUGUCGAGCCUCUGCGAUGUACGGCAUUAUCAAACUACUAUGGAUGUUAAAUAACAAAGUGCUCAUGUGAUCACAAACUCA